UCAGCAUGAAAACGCUGAUCAAGAUACAGGAAACAAGAACACGAACGGUUUACAAAGGACAGUGUCAUCGGAAUCAACAGACUCAGGUUGUGCUUUGGAUUCGCCUGGUCCUGCAACCUCAAACGAUAUCAUGGAGGAAACGUUUGAGAAAGCAGUUCUUGAAUCCAGCAGGCUGCACAUGCGAAUGCCUUUCAGAAGAAUACAUUCACUGCCACAAAGCCUCCUGGGAUGCAGCCCUGCUCUGAAGAGAAGCCAUUCCGAUUCUCUGGACAGUGAUGCUUUUCAACCGCUGGAACAAGAUGAAAAUAAGGAGAAUGAAUCGUUUGAGUUUAAGAAGCCAACCAAACCAGCUUCUCGUAGCUCUGCGCAUGUCCAUUCCCGUGAUGGAAAAGGUGUUCCUGGACCGAGGCAGAAUUCAUCUGCAGCUCGGACAGUAAGUAAUAUGUGGUCUUCUCUGACUUCCUCUGAAAGCGAAGAUGAUGAUGGAUUCCUAGAGCUGUUGGAUGAGCAAGAUUUGAAGAACGAUGAGGAGGUGCCAUCUGAUGUGGCGAGCCUCUGGACUGCACCACUAGUCAUGAGGAGAGCGGACAAUCGGGCCAAACGGUGCCGGUUGUUUGGCUCUUCAUCUCUGCCUAAUGGUGCAGGAAGAACCACCCAGAAAAGGAUGGAGAGGUCCCAGGAGGAGAAUUCUCCAGGGAAAAGCAAGAAGAGGAAAAGCCUGCCUGGAACACCUUCUGAGGAUUCAACGAGUUUGAAGAUAGUGAAGACACAGUCCUCCACAGCAGAGAUCGAGAGCAUUUUGGACAACGACCAGAGAGAUCUCAUUGGUGACUUCUCAAAGGGUUACUUGUUCCACACUGUCGAUGGCAAACAUCAAGAUUUAAAAUACAUUGACUCGGAAAUGAUUGUGUCUGUGCUGACCGGGAAGUUUGCGAGCUUCAUCAAGGAAUGUGUGAUAAUUGAUUGUAGAUACCCAUAUGAGUACGAAGGAGGACACAUCAAGGGUGCUGUGAACCUGCACAUGGAAGAGGAUGUGGAAGAGUACCUGCUGAAGAAGCCAAUUAAGCCGUCGGAGAACAAGCGAGUGAUCAUCGUGUUUCACUGCGAGUUCUCUUCGGAGCGGGGCCCUCGAAUGUGCCGGUUUGUGAGAGAGCGGGACAGGCUGGGGAACGAAUACCCCAAGCUGCACUACCCAGAGCUCUACAUCCUGAAGGGGGGCUACAGGGACUUCUUCUUACGAUGCCGUAGUUUCUGCGAGCCCCAGAGCUACCGCCCCAUGCACCACGAGGACUUUAAAGAAGACUUAAAAAGAUUCCGCACCAAAAGCCGAACCUGGGCUGGCGAGAAGAGCAAAAGGGAACUCUACAGCCGCCUGAAGAAGCUCUGA